CUCCACACUGUAGGCUACUAAGGUGUGGCGUGCUAUUUGUUGCCUCGGAUGGAGUUUCAUGAAGGAACAUCUCACACUGACAGCAGUAGCCUCAGUUGUUUGUAGGUAUUCUAUAAGAACUGGAGCAUCUUCUUUUAUACUUGCUCUUCCACCGAUAUUCGAAACGUCCUCUUUCCUGCUGGAGAGAGUUCAAAGACUGCAAUGGCUCCACCGGGUGUGUGUAUGAACAUUAUUAAUGCCCGUAACGUAAAAGAUGGCCAUGGGACCUUUGCCAACCCUGAGCGGUUUCUCAACCAAGACUUUGAGCAGCUGAAACAGUACUGUCUCAUCCAACGGGUGAGGUACAUCGACGACAUGUUCCCCCCUGACAGAAGGUCCAUCGGCGAAGGGGUACUGAGUCCUUCUGACCUGCAGCGAGUGGUGUGGCUGAGACCAUCAAAAAUGGUUCAAAAUCCAUCUUUUGAAGUCGCCGGGAUCUCCAGGUUUGACUUUGGUCAAGGCAGGGUUGGAAACUGCUGGAUUCUCGCGUCUAUCGGCGCUCUGACGUUCCAGAAUUUCAUCCUUCAGCAAGUUGUUCCUCUUGACCAAAAAUUUGAUCAGGAAUACUGCGGUCUGUUCCACUUCAGGUUCUGGAGAUUUGGAAGAUGGGUGGAUGUUGUCAUCGAUGAUAAGCUACCAACAAUUGAUGGCAGACUAAUCUUCGUUCAGUCCAAAGACCCAACUGAGUUCUGGCCUGCUUUGCUGGAGAAAGCCUACGCCAAAGUGUGUGGUUCCUACUCGGACAUGAGUGCUGGAACCCCUGCCGAGGCUUUGGUGGACUUCACCGGUGGUGUUCAUAUUUGUAUUGAACUGCAAGACCCUCCCAAAGACCUUUGGGAACUGAUGUGUAGAGCUGGCCAAUCCAAGUCACUGAUGGGCUGUGGUACGCCGCAGGGGGAGACAUCUGACAACACUGUGUUACCAAAUGGAUUGGUCCAAGGCCAUGCCUACACUGUCACCGGUGUGAAGCAGAUUGUGAGCCAAGAGCGAGUGACAAACCUGGUACGUUUGUGGAACCCCUGGGGCACAGGAGAGUGGAAAGGAGACUGGAGUGAUCGGUCCCCUUUGUGGCAAACUGUGAGUCGUGAAGAUCGUGAGAUGUGCCUUUCAGUGGCUGAUGAAGGGGAGUUUUGGAUGACCCUGCAGGACUUCUGUAAGUUCUACUCAGAUCUUGACAUCUGCUGCCUGUGUCCCGACUUCCUUGAUGAAAGCUCUUCAUGCCAUUGGAAGACCGCCUUUUAUGAAGGCCGAUGGGUUGCAGGAACAACUGCUGGAGGAUGCAUGAAUAACUUUGACAGUUUCUGGUCUAAUCCACAGUAUCGUGUCAAGAUUGAUGAAUUACUCGGUGACUGUUCUGAGAAACAGGGCGAGAAAAACAUGCUGGUGUCUCUCAUGCAAAAGCCUGACAAGAGAAACAGACGCCUAGUCCAAAAUCUCCACAUUGGAUUCUCUGUAUUUGAGGUGACUGAAGAAUACAAGGCAAGGAGGGGGAAGUUCCCAGCCUCUUUCUUCCGCAGCAACCCACCUGUUGCCCAAACUAAAACCUACAUGAAUGGGCGCGAGGUGAUGGAGUUCCUCCAGCUGAAGCCUGGCGAAUACCUGAUCGUGCCUUCCACCUUCAAUCCCAAUGAGACGGCUUCCUUCCUCGUGACCAUCGUCUCCAAGGCAGAGACCCACGUCCAUGAGAAUUCUGGUGGCCAUGACCAUAACGAUGCAGAAGAGCCCAUGCGAAUUGAGAAUGGAGACAGCGACGAAACAAAGAAAAACUUGUUCCGUCAGUACUCUGACAAGUACGGAGAAGUGGAUGCUGAGCAGCUCCAGAAGCUUCUAAAUGAACGCAUCCUGAAAGGAGACUUGAAAUCUGGAGGCUUCAGCAUUGAUGCCUGUCGCAGCAUGGUUGCUCUGAUGGAUACGUCAAUCACCGGCAAACUGAAUGAUCAGGAAUUUGUUCGUCUGUGGAAGAAGGUCGUCAUGUACAAGGACAUUUUCUUCCGUUCUGAUGUAUCACAAACAGGAACACUGUCACUGAGCGAGCUGAGGAACGCAAUCAUGGCUUCAGGAAAGAGGAUCAACGAUGACAUUCUGAAUAUGAUGGCUCUGCGCUAUGGUGCCUCCUCUGGACACAUAACACUGGAGAGCUUCAUCAGUCUAGUCCUUCGCUUUGACUGCAUGAACCAAAUCUUCAGCCAGUUGUCUAAUGGAAUGAAAUUGACUCUUCUCGAACACGAGUGGCUGUACCUUUCGAUGUACACCUAACCUGACGGAGAAGAUGAACUGCAGGAUUCAUUUGGAAUUACAGCAGCAGAUGAUGUGAAAUAAAAUGAAUACACAAGGUGUUCUUCUGCAAAUGAGCUUUUACGUGGUAUGAAACAAAAGGGUCUGCUAAUGUUAGUGGUAUAACAAAAACUGUGUCUUCAUAUACUCUUCCCACUUUGUAUUGCAAUGGCUGCACAGCAAUUUCCCCUGGGAUAAAGUUUUAUUUGAUCUUAUCAUCCCAACCUGCGAGAGGCAUCAAUGUGCCCCAAGGCAUCCAGUGUACCGAUAUCCAAAAGAAGAAGAACUACUGUUUGCCAGAAAUCCAAUCGGUGAUGACGAAACAUUUACCAAUGCCUACAUUUUCCGAUUUGAGUCUGACCUUAAUGUUGUUGCUGUUGUUGCGUCUGCUGUUGUGUUUUCUAACAGCCAAGCAGACACAGCCUACUGAUGUUUGUAUCAUGAACUCACAAUGGCAACUUUGCUUACCUAUUACGACAGUGCAGAGGCCAGAAAUAAGCAUAGCAUUGAAUACAAUAAAACACAGCAGUUUAGGACCAUAUCUCAUGAGUGCCUUGUUACAUUUGGUACAAAUGCUGUUAAGAACUGAAAUUACAUUUUUCAUUUCGAAUUGAAUACAGAUUGAAAGCACAAAAACACGAUGGGAUCAUGAACACAAAAAACGUAUCAAAUAUAAAAAUGAAAACAACCUAUUCCACCUUUUUAAGAGCUAAUUUUAAUCUCUCUGAUGUAGUUCAUUUGUGUGGGUUACUGUGUUACUGUGAAGUGGGUUUUUUUUCCUCUUUUUGCCAUGUUAACAUCAGUUUGAAUCGAUUGCCAUAUGAUAUUUGUUACAUAAAUUCAUGGUGCCCAGAGGAUACUGUCCUUUUCUCGAGGGCCAUCAGGAGGUUGAAUGUUGUGUUAUGUCCCAACAACUAUUGGAUCGAUUGCCAUAAAAUUCACACAUGCAUCUUCCCCUCAGGAUGAAUUGUAGUCACUUUGCUGAGCCCACAACUUUCCAUCUGGCCUUGUGAUCGUGUAAAAUGUGUCAUCCAAUAAAAUAAAUAA